ACACAUCACAUCUGAUUUACAUUCUGCAAUUAUUCGAUUCGAUUCCAUCAUUUCAAUCUAAAUCAUAUUAUAAUGGAUGUUUACUGAAAAAAAAUAUUCUUUUCACUUGCAUCUCCAUUAGUAUCUGAAUUUUGGAAAUUGGGCUUGUUUGAUGCAAUCUAAACAAUCCUUAACAAAAUUGAGAAAAUUUUUCAGAAAGUUUUGACAAUAACAAAAAAAUAUGCCUCCUGAUGUUCACAUCGAGCAACAGACAUCAUUAUCUCAAUAUAGACAUUUAUCAUCACCACCAUCGCCAUCAUCUUCGCCAUCUUCUUCAUCAUCAUCAUUAUCAUCAUCGUCAACAACCACUUCAAUAUCCGUUAAGGAACGGUGUUCAAUGUCCGAACAAACGGACAUAAAUAUUGCAGGAUGUUCAAUUAUCGAUGGUCAAUCGGAAUCAAUUUAUAUGCAACGAUAUCAAGCAUUACGAGAUGCUGGAUUCGAUGAAACAACUGCCAAUAAAUAUUCGCCAUUAUAUUCAUCGGUAAAUGAAGUUAUUGAUGCCAUAUUGUCACAAUCUUUGAAUGAUAAUUCGACAAUAAAUGAUGGUCGAACGUUAUUGGCAAAUAAAGGGAAAGAUAAUAAUUCUUAUUCAUCGGCUAUCUAUAGUAAUGGUGAUAAUAAAUCAUCUACAAUCAUGACCUACAAUGAUAUAUCUCCUCUUGCUGCGGCUGAAUUAUUAUCUCAAUCAACUGAUUCAAUAUCGAUAAACAAAACAAAUAAUAAUAAUAAUCUAAUAAUGGAAUGUAUUCAUGGCCAAUCACCGCCAUUAUCCAAACGUUUUCUUUGUAUGGCUAUUGGCGAUAGUAAUGGAUCCGUUAUCGAUUCAAAUGAUUUGAUAGUAUGUUCACCAAUUGAAUCAUAUCAUCAUGAUCAGCAUUUUAAUGCUAAUGGAAAUUAUUCAUCUCUUUCAAAUUGUAUUGGCAAUAUUCAUCAAAAAUCAUUGAUGAAGAAAGCUAUUAUUUCUUCUGAAUCUCCUGAAUUAUCUAUUGAUCAUCAUCGUUCAAAUGGUAAUAAUCUAAUUGUUACGAUGCUAAAAGAUGGUUUGCUAGAAGAUUCAAACGAUGAAAUUACGCUGGAAGAUGAUGUUGGAUUAUUGGCAGAUGGUCAAAAUGGUAAUGGUUCACCAUCAGCAUCAUCAUCACUUUCAUCUGGUAUAUCGUCAUCAUUCUUUAUGGAUACAUCAUCGUCAUCACCAUCAUCAUUUUCAUCGCUUUCAUCAUCGAUAUCGAUUUCGCCUCCAUCAAAUCAAUCGAUUGUGGCC